CAGAAUUACUUGUAACUCUGUAGAGAAAGAAAAAGGUACACUUUUUAUAAUAUAUAGAGAAAUUUAACAGUUGGCUCUUUUGCGCAUAUCAUAUCAACAAUUCAACAAUGAGGGAAAAUAAGUUAGAACAAGAACAAAGCCAGAAUAUUUCUGUAGAGAAUCUUACGACAAAUAAAACGAAGGAAAAUAAAGAUGUGUUGGAAAAUGCUCUUGACUUUUUAUCGAGAAUAUACAAAACCAAAAUAAAUAUAUUAUCUGGUGCUGGCACUACCAGAGAAAAUAGCUAUGCAAAUGUAUUAUUGGAUGUUAUUAACGAGGAGCCUUUUUCCAGGAAAACAUUAUAUCAUGAUUUACCAACGAACGUCCAACUGCAUAUCUUAUCAUUUCUGGAUGUCAGAACACUCUGCAAUAUUUGUAAAGUAUGUCGUUCUUGGAAUGACUUGGCAAACGAUAAACUUUUGUGGGAGAAGAAAUUAAGAUAUGAUUCUUAUGUUUGGCAACGAAUAGAUCAUCUGUCACAUCCACUGCUUCAUCUGCAAACUAAUCCAGAACUUUCAUCCAAAGAAAUAUAUUUGAAGUGCUGUCCGGAAUCCAGACAUCUGUCAAAAACAAGUAUUCAAUUUCCAACACAAAUACCUAACCUGAGUUACUUCUUUGGAUUUUCUGUUCCUCGUAUUGUAAUGUUUGGAUCAGGAUUAGAUUCAAGUGGACUUGUCAAAAGAAUAUUAUGGGAUCAGCGGUCACCUUUUUCAGUGAAAGGAAUGUUUCCAGGACAGUUUGAUGGUAUAGGAUCAGGUGUGACUUUGCAACAUGCUGGAGGUACUAUGAAUAUGAUAACUUUGUAUGCAUUACCAAGAGCUGAAAGACAGCAGCAACGUGGUGGAGAGCGCCGAAGCAAGUUAUUAGUGGGUGAAGAAAUAUCACAACCUGUUAAAGAGCUUUGUAAUACUGUAGACGCGUUUAUUUAUGUUGUGAAUACUUCCAAUGAAGACAGAGUUACUUUUGGCAGUGAAGAAUUUCGUGCGAUGAUAGACGACCGUUGGUUGCAGCCGAAGGUUCCGGUCCUUGUUUUAUGUGUUGUACUGAAUGCGACAAUUAAAUCAGUUUCCUCGUUAGAAGUGGCAAACAAAUUAAAUUUGUUGAGUCUCUCAAGACCUUGGCAGGUUCGACAAUGUCACAUUAACUCUCUGUACGGUUUCAUGCCUGGAGUGACGUGGUUAAAUAAACACAUUAUGGGAUUCUAAGGUAUGACAUCAUAUUUGGAUUAUCAGGUAUAACUGUCAACAUCCUUCUCCUUGGUGAAAAUACAGUGGUGGUUGCUUCAUAAUAUCCUCUUACAGUGGAAGAUCAUAAAAUACGUAGCUAACAUUUAUAUUUUGGUUCGUACUUCAACUCUCCGUUUUGACGUUAAAUGCAAAGGACCGAACCCCUGUUAACCACUCGUAACUGGCGAUGUUAUUAAGGAAGCAUACGGUCGACGUUCAAACCUUUUUCAGAUUUCGGUUGCAUUGGACAAGAUAUGUACGAAUAAAUAUAACCAUACGUUGUUACCAGAAGCUCAAGCUUGCGUCUGAAGAAGCUCAGUUUUGUAUCUCAACACAGAGCAAUACUGUUAAAAUGGAAACAACAAAAAAGAUAUUUCUUCAGUCGAUUGUUUUGUUGUUGUGGUUUCUCUAAGUGUAAAGAUAUAGUUAUAUUGAGCUUCUUUCAAUCGCUUUGAAGGUGGUUAUGUUAUUGUAAGAAAGAGUUUUAAAAUUCUAAAAGAUACAACUUAUUGUUCA